AUGAGGCGGCUGCGGCGCUGGGCAAUCGCGGCUCUGCUGCUGUUGCCGCUGCUCCCCCCGCCCGGUCUUGGGGCCCUGGGUCCCAGUGGAGCUCUGCACUGGAGGAGCUCAGCCCAUGUGGGGAACCCAGAGAGUCCAGAGGGCCCUGAGGUCACAGAGCCCAGCCGGCUGGUAAGGGAGAGCUCCGGAGGAGAGGUCCGAAAGCCACAGUUGGACACCAGGGUCCGCCAGGAUCCACCCAGGGGGACGCCUGUGCACCUGGCCCAGGUGAGUUUCGUCAUCCCGGCCUUCGACUCAAACUUCACUCUCGACCUGGAGCUGAACCAUCACCUCCUGUCCUCGCAGUAUGUGGAGCGCCACUUCAGCCGGGAGGGGACAAGACAACACAACACUGGGGCUGGAGACCACUGCUACUACCACGGGAAACUCCGGGGCAACCCACGCUCCUUUGCUGCACUCUCUACCUGCCAGGGGCUGCAUGGAGUCUUCUCCGAUGGCAACCUGACUUACAUCGUAGAGCCUAAGGAGAUGGCUGGGCCUUGGGGACCCCCACAGGGACCCCUUCCCCACCUCAUUUACCGGACCCCUCUCCUCCCAGCCCCCCUUGGAUGCAGGGAACCAGGCUGCCUGUUUGCUGUCCCUGCCCAGUCUGCUCUUCCCAACUGGCCCAAGCUAAGAAGGAAAAGGCAGGUCCGCAGGGGCCACCCCACAGUGCACAGCGAGACCAAAUAUGUGGAAUUGAUUGUGAUCAACGACCACCAGCUGUUUGAGCAGAUGCGGCAGUCGGUGGUCCUCACCAGCAACUUUGCUAAAUCUGUUGUGAACCUGGCAGAUGUGAUAUACAAGGAACAGCUCAACACAAGAAUUGUGCUGGUUGCCAUGGAAACAUGGGCCGACGGGGACAAGAUCCAGGUGCAGGAUGACCUACUGGAGACCCUGGCCCGACUUAUGGUCUACCGGCGGGAGGGUCUGCCUGAGCCCAGUGAUGCCACCCACCUCUUCUCGGGUAGAACCUUCCAGAGCACCAGCAGCGGGGCGGCCUAUGUAGGUGGCAUCUGUUCCCUGUCCAGGGGUGGAGGUGUGAAUGAGUAUGGCAACAUGGGUGCCAUGGCGGUGACCCUGGCCCAGACGCUAGGGCAGAACUUGGGCAUGAUGUGGAAUAAACACCGGAGCUCAGCAGGGGACUGCAAGUGUCCAGACAUCUGGCUGGGCUGCAUCAUGGAGGACACGGGGUUCUAUUUGCCCCGCAAGUUCUCCCGCUGCAGCAUCGACGAAUACAACCAGUUUCUGCAGGAGGGAGGCGGGAGCUGCUUGUUCAACAAGCCCCUCAAGCUCCUGGACCCUCCCGAGUGCGGGAACGGCUUCGUGGAGGCUGGGGAGGAGUGUGACUGCGGGUCGGUGCAGGAGUGCAGCCGAGCAGGGGGCAACUGCUGCAAGAAGUGCACCCUGACGCACGACGCCAUGUGCAGCGAUGGGCUCUGUUGUCGCCGUUGCAAGUAUGAGCCACGAGGUGUCUCCUGCCGAGAAGCGGUGAAUGAGUGUGACAUCGCAGAGACUUGCACCGGCGACUCAAGCCAGUGCCCCCCUAACCUUCACAAGCUGGACGGGUACUACUGUGAUCAUGAACAGGGUCGAUGCUAUGGAGGCCGCUGUAAAACCCGGGACCGGCAGUGCCAAGCCCUGUGGGGUCACGUGGCUGCGGAUCGGUUCUGCUAUGAGAAGCUGAAUGUAGAGGGGACAGAGCGUGGAAACUGUGGGCGCAAGGGAUCUGGUUGGAUCCAGUGCAAUAAACAGGAUGUGCUCUGUGGCUUUCUUCUGUGCGUCAACAUCUCUGGAGCACCUCGGCUUGGGGACCUGGGAGGUGAUAUCAGCAGUGUCACCUUUUACCACCAGGGCAAAGAGUUGGACUGCAGGGGCGGCCACGUGCAGCUAGCUGAUGGCUCAGACCUGAGCUAUGUGGAGGAUGGCACGGCCUGUGGUCCCAACAUGCUGUGCCUUGAUCACCGCUGCCUGCCAGCCUCUGCCUUCAACUUCAGCACCUGCCCUGGCAGCGGAGAGCGACGGAUCUGCUCCCAUCAUGGGGUUUGCAGCAACGAGGGGAAGUGUAUCUGCCAGCCAGACUGGACAGGCAAAGACUGCAGCAUUCACAACCCACUCCCCACAUCCCCUCCCACCGGGGAGACUGAGAGAUACAAAGGUCCCAGCGGUACCAACAUCAUCAUUGGCUCCAUCGCCGGGGCUGUCCUGGUCGCAGCCAUCGUUCUGGGCGGCACGGGCUGGGGAUUUAAAAACAUCCGUCGAGGAAGGUAUGACCCGACCCAGCAGGGGGCAGUGUGAUGCCGGCCACGUCAUCCCUCCCGCUGUCCCUGUCUCCAUUUCAUCCGUCCCUUUGCAUUCUUGUUGACCGUUGACCGGGAGCUGGGAGCGCUCCGAUUCCCUCCCGAAGCCCUGCAGGCAGCCUGGGAAGCGAGUCCUGUCUGCUCAGGCCCUUCCUCCUGCCCACCCGCCUGCUGGGCCCUGGUCCACCUUCAUCUGUCCUUUCUGCCGCCGGGUCCCAUGGCUGGGUGGGCGCUGGAACUGUGCCCUGCAAACCCUACCCCUAGGAGGGGGCCUCCCCCUGCGUCCUGCCCAUCUGUUUUGUCUACCAUGCCACCACUGUCUGACCUCUGCCAGAACCCCCACCUGGCCAGCCUGUGACUUGAUGCCUCCAGGACCUCUGGGGGU